ACGUCAUCUAUACGCGUCAAACAGAGGGGAUUCCCCAAGCGGUUGUCCGCUCUAAUGCGACCAGGGAGACGAUGCUGGAGAUGAUUGGUGAGAGACGGAUCACCUUCAUCCUACAUGGAUGGUGCGAGGGUAUCUGGAAGCAGUGGAUCCUGGACCUCAGAGAUGCACUUCUGGAGAAGGAAGACUUGGCCGUUGUGAUGGUAGACUGGUCUGAUGGUGCCGAGUCUCUUAACUACCUGAAAGCUGUCCAGAACAUGCGCGUGGUGGGCAGGGAAGUGGGCAAGUUCAUCCAACUUCUGCACGAGUACACGAACCUACCCUACGACCAGUUCCACCUUAUCGGACAUAGUCUCGGAGCCCAUGCCGCUGGGUUUGCAGGUCAGAUGCAGCCCGGGCUUGGCAGAAUCUCAGCUCUUGAUGCCGCGGGUCCCAGCUUUGAAGGCACCCACGAAGACUGCAGAUUGGACGAAACAGACGCCCUCUACGUCGAUGCCAUCCAUACAGACUCGGGCAAACUGAGCGAAGGUGGCGUUGGUAUUUCUCAAAGAGUUGGUCACAGCGAUUUUUAUCCCAACGGAGGCUACGCACAGCCCGGCUGUAGAUGGUGGAUGGUAGGGUGUAGUCAUGCCCGAUCGCACCUUUACUUCAUCGAGUCCGUCCGGCUACCUCAGUGCCGAUUCGCCGCCAUACCCUGCAACAGCGAGGAAGAUUUCGUAGCCGGACGAUGCCGGUCGUGCGGCGAAAACGGUUGUAAAUUGAUGGGCUACUACACAGACGAGCACCACAAUAACGGAUCGUUUUUCCUCAGCACCCGGGGUCAUAGUCCCUACUGCACCAAGAUGAAGUUCUACUGGAGGCGGUUCUAUCUGCUGCGGCAGAAGCGAUCGGCUGCUAUGUCACCGGAAGGCAAGGGGAAGAAAAACAGAAACAGCAACCUCGUGCCUCUCUCAUGACAUGAUUCUGUCCAAAAACUUUAGAACUUUUGUUUUGAAUUUCUGCACUUAAUUAUAUAUUCGAAAUGGCAAUCCAAGUCAUUGGGUUGCCCUUUCCAGACCAUUGUACCACCGAAGAUUCAUCUUCAGACAAAAGGCAUCCACAGUUAACAAUCCUUAUAUCA